AUGAAAUACUCUCUAAUUAUACUUGGUAUAUUAGUGAUAAUUGUUGAAACAGUGAAUUAUAAGCGGUAUGUUUUAUUUUUCCAAAAAAAAAAUAAAUAGUUAGAUUUUUAAAAAAAAAAUGCAAAAAUUUUGACCACUGAGCGGAUCGAACGCCCAACCUUUCGAUCUGGAGUCGAACGCGCUACCAUUGCGCCAAGCAGUCACAUUUUUCCAUCUCUCUCCUGCCCUUUUUAUUUCUCGUCCUUUACACUGCUCGUUUUCUCUCGCUCUCCUCGCUUUUUUACCAGUUCUUCACAGCCGCACACACACUAAAAUGAGAGAGCGCAGAGAAACCGAACAAAACAUAGCGAACAACCUUGCUCACUUUUUGUCGGUCACACAAGAAACAUAUAAAGUGGAAAGGGGAAGUGUUUGGUAUCUCUGGUUCCAUUGCAUUUAACCGAGAAAAUCUUUCGCCUUUUACUAAAGAUUUCCGUGCAAAGGGACACUUUAUGAGUGUUUAUCAAUUUUUGGAAUCCCCUCGAAAGAGCGGGAUAAUAAUAUAGAAGUUUGGUUUUUUAAAGCCAGAAAUCUAAUUCUGAAAAAAGUUUAUAUUGUUGAACUACGAUCACCAAAAUUUCUUGUUUCUUUCGGGAUUGAAUUAUUCUAAUUAUGUAGAAUCAAUCUUCAAAUUUUGCUUGCGAAACAUGACGAUAUUACCAUAAUCAAGCAAUAAAAAUAGACUAUAUUUUUAGAAAGACCUGUUCACAAAUAAAAAAUAUAUGUAGAUAUAUACUGUAGUUUACAACAUAUCCCACGAAAAAUCUAACCACAAUAUAAUAAAACGCCAUUCAUUCACCAAUAAUUACGUCACUGAUUGGUCCUGCCUUAAACUAAUUAAACCAAUAAUAAUAACAUCACUCAACUUGUAUUAUAUUAUAUCCAUAUACAGGAUUUAUAUGUGUGUCGGUCGCAACCAAUUCUUUCCUUAACUGUCGGACAUCAAAAAAAAAGAACAAAACAAGUUUUUUUUAGUUGGUAGUAUUUUUCACUUAUCUGACACACACUGCUUUUAGUAGUUAGUUGGUUAGUCAGUUAGUUAAUUGUAAUUGAAAAGGGGUAGACCGAUCAAAAUAUAUUUUUUAUGAAAAUAUCCGUGUCAAAAAAUAAGGUGAAUUUAGAGUACUGUAGGUGGAAAAAUAGAGAAAACUUACCUGGAAAUUGAAAAAUUGAAUGAAGAAUAAAUUUUAACCAGUGUGGAAAAAAUCAGAUGAUUGGGUUACUGUAGGUGAAAAAGAAAAAAAAAUAAAUGCUGAAUCUUUGAAAAAAAUUAAUUAUAACACCAAUUUUUCACAAGAAAAAAUAUCCAAAAAGUUCGCAAAUCUAUUUUUUUCCAGAACUUAUGUCAAUGAGAAUCAUGAUAGAAAAGAAUACAAAGAUCUAGGUAAGUUCAACGUUUUUUAUUUUUCUAUUUCCUCCCUAAAAUGUCCACUCUUGUCCAACCAAUCUAUUUAUGUUCAAUAACAAUUCAGUGUUUUUACUCGGCGCGUCUUCGAAUCAAAAAACAGCUCGCCACGUGGCAACCGGCUUCAAUUCCGAAGAGAAUCGUCUUCAAUUAUUCACCGCGCGGCCUCCAAUUGCUCCACGACGAUUUUUUGUGUUUUCAGGUUUUGUUUUGUGUUUGGGGAAGUUGGUAUUUUUGUCGGUUUCUGAUCUACUAGAUAACCAUCUUGUUGAUACGAGGCUAACUUAUAUUAUUAUUAUGUAAAAUCAAGUGUAGAUUAAUAAUAAUAACAAUUAGUAAAAUAUUAUUAUUAAUUUUUUUGCAGAACCAAUUCUGGAAACAUCUAUAGAAGUUUUGAAAAGUGAUGAACUUUUGACUGAAAAAGAUGCUGAAGAAGCGCAUCAGAAUUAUUUCAAUCGAAAAUUUUCGCCGAAGAAUAAAAGACUUGUGGUGGAACCGUCUGGAUAUACAGGCGGUAAUGAAGGUUUGUCAAAUAUACUUUUGAAUUUUCCAAAUAACAAGAAUAAUAUUUAACCGCACGUAACUUUUUAGGAAAUAACCUAGACGCAUGGCAACAAGCUGAACUUUCUAGAACUAACGUCUUUCCUGAUGGAUAUGAUGGUAACAUUUCAAUUUUCUUGCUAAUCUUUUUAAAAAUAUAUGUCUAACAGGUUUGUCAGCGCUUCCGCGAACUCUUCGACCACCGACUAAAUACAUUCCUCCUGAACUUAAUUUCAUGUCGCCGUUGAGUGGCGAUUUUGAGGCGUUGCCCGAUGCGAGAUUUGGAAGAAAUUCGGAAAAAUCCACGACUAGAGUGACUUUGGCUCCUUGGAAAACUGAAGAUCUUGUUCCGAUGAAACGAAGUCAGAAAGAAGAGUUUGAAAUUCGUCAAGAGAUGUUGAGAGAAUUGGAGAAACGUUCGACGUCCACACAUUUUCCACCAACAACUGAAGAACCUGAAGAAGAAGAGAAUGGUGGAAACGGUUUAGGUUCCAAUGAGCUGAUUGAUGUACUUGAUACAACUACUGAAGUUAGUAAAAUUGAACCGACAACUUCAGAAGAAUCAACAACCCCAAGAUCAACUACAGUUUUUGUAUCAUCAGGAAAACCAAAAUCAAUUGAAGAAGAGUUUUUCGAAUCUUCCGAAACAACUACAAAACCAAUAACAACUAGACUUAACAGAGUUUCGUAUUCGACCGAUCAUCCAACUUUGGUAGUAGAAACAUCUUCCGAAUCAACUAGUCCUUAUUCAACAACAACUUCUGAGCCUCAUACAUCUCCUGAAACACAAACUUCCGCCGAGUCUUCUGAAACAUCAGAAACAACACAUUCAAGUUCAACAUCAACUUCGACAGAAGUUCAUACCUCAACUUCAACUUCUAUUGAAACUACAAAAUCUGUGAAAUAUACAACAAUGGUGAAUGCAAUAGAUACGAAUAUUGAUUAUAAAUCAGAAGAAGAAGAAGAGGAAAAACAAACAACUAUCAGUCAAAUAUCUGAAAGACCUCCAGUCACAUUAGAAAUUGCUGGAGAACUUGAAGUUGUCGAUGAAUCAACUGUAACCUUACCAACAGCAACAACAAUGCUACCAGUUGUAACAGCUGCAAGAAUGACAUUAGAACCUGUGUUUUCAACUCUGAUAACAACUCGUGUCACUUCCCACCAACCAACAUCUCAAUCAUUAACAACCGUCGAAGCAGCUGAUGAAGUUUUAGAAUCUAAUAUUUUUAGCAUGUCAACUUCUACAUUAAUAGCACCCGUAACCAACGAGGUUCUAAUUGAAAGUAACAUAGAUUAUCUUGUAUAUUUUAAUCCUAUUAUAAGAUUUUUUUUUUCAGAUUCCUCGACAAAGGGUGCUGCAAAGAAGAGUGGUAUGCAUUGAUUUUAUCUAUCGUUCAAUAUUUUCAGUUUGGGUGUUAAAAAAAGGUGAUAGGUGUUAAUUUCAGGUCUCAAAAGAAUUCGUCAAACAUCCUAUGCUACAAUUGAUAAUGCGGCUAAAGAAUCGCCAAACACAAAACUGAAAUGUGUUCCAUGUGCUCCUGGAACUGACCCAGAACCCCCAACAAACCCUAUUCUACCUCCAAUAAAACCACUACCAUCAAUUGUUAAUCCAUAUGAGCCACCGUUAAUUGCUCCAGUCGGACCAGGAGAGGGUGAGCCAAAAUAUGUGGAUAUUGUUGAUGCACCAUCACCACCUUCUACUUCUGCGCCUAUCCCAGCACCACCAGAUGUCCCCGUUAUGAUUUCAUUGCCAAAACCUUCACCAGCACCUUCUGUUAAAGUUACACCAUCUGUUGAUUCUUAUGGACCACCAGCAACUGAACCGUCUGUUUCGGGCAAAGGUGGUUAUGAACCCCCGCCGCCGCCGAGUCCAGUAGCACCUCCACCUAUUGCACCAGCUGUACCUUCAGUUCCAUCUGAGAAAACAUAUGAACCUGCCCCACCUUCAAUUCCGGCUGUCCCAGCUGUACCAGCUCCUGUGACUUCUUCACCCGAGCCUGCGCCACCUUCACUACCAACAGAAGAAAAGCCAGCUCCACCUCCACCUGUACCUUCUGUAGCAGCUCCUUCUCCUCCUCCACCCGAGCCUGCGCCCAAACCAACACCAUCCGUAUCAGUUGGAGUGCCCCCUUCGGAACCAGCAGCUCCUUCAGCUACUUUACCGCCUGAAGUUCCAAUUAUGAUUGCCCUUCCCCCACCGCCCGCAGUAGUGAAACCACCUUCGCCGGGAUACGGAGAGCCAAGUCCACAAAAACCAGCUCCUAUUAUUGCACCCCCACCGCCUUCUCCAAUCGCUCCUCCGCCAGCUCCACCUCCAAUACCGACAGUUGAGAAGCCAUAUCGACCUGCUCCCCCACAGCCAGUUCCCCCACCGACAUCUCCGAUAGCUCCACCUGUUGCUCCAAUACCAAGCGGAGGAAUCUAUCGACCAGCUCUACCUGCACCUGUGCCAGCUUCUCCAUCGCCAUCUUCAAUAGCUCCUCCAAUCAUUCUUACACCAGCGCCACCUCCACCUCCAAUACCGACAAGUGAGAAAACUUAUGGACCUGCUUCCCCACAGCCAGUUCCUCCACCGAUAGCUCCUCCACCAGCUCCACCUCCACCUGUUGCUCCAAGCGGAGGAAUCUAUCGACCAGCUCUACCUGCACCUCCACUUCCAGGACCAAUCGGACCAAUUUCCCUUCAACCACCACCCCCUCCCUCAAAACCAGGUACACCUGCACCGCCUUCUUCAGUUCCGCCACUUUCCUAUUUUGCUACUAACCAACCGCUCCUUAGUUCUGCAUCUUCCACCACAAAAACCCCACAAGCACCAGCAACAAUAACAGAUGAAAUGAUGGCUACGACUGGCUUCGAAGAUAUUACACAAUCUCAAAGCACAACACUCAUUGUUUCUUCAGAACUACCAACAACUAUUGGUGCACCAAGUCAGCCUAUCACUGUUUCACCUCCCGCUGUUCAACCAUCUUCGACUACAGAAGAUAAAUCACAGCAGUCAACAGUUUCAUCGUAUGAUCGAGAAGCUGGAGCAACGGUUGCUCCAAUUUCUGAAAAACCAUCAGGAGAUUUUACCGAACCCCCACCGGCUCCAACUUCAGAAGGACCUAAACCGCCAGCUCCGCCAGUUUACCCAUCAGCCACAACACCGAAUUCUGAACCGCAACCACCAUCGACUCAGCCAGCAUCUUCAAAUGCUCCUCCAUCUACAGCGCCACCUUCUUCAGAAUCCCCCUCUCCCAGUUCAGGAUCGGAGCCAAGUUCACCUCAACCACCUUCAACCCAGGGAUCUACAAGUUAUCCAGCUUCAUCACAAACAUCUGUAGCUCCUAUAAAUUCUCCAAGUUAUCCAGAUCAAACUGGAGCACCAUCAGCUGAGCCAUCAACACCAUCUACUGAAUCUCCAACGGUUCAAGCAGAGUAUGGCCCAGCUGGAAUUUCAUCUCCACCCUCAGUAGAACCUUCCGCUCAACCAUCUUCACCGACUGAAACAUCCCAAACAACACAGGAAUAUUCUGGCUCUUCAACAAAUAGUCAGCCACAACCUCCAGCAACAGCUCCCCCAGCUCCUCCCGUUGAACCUCAACCUCCAGCAACACCUUCUACAAGUCCUUCAUCAACUUCGUAUUCGGAAUCAAGAACGACUGCAGUUCCCGUAACUAGUAAUACCGAUUAUUCCGGACCAUCAUCUGAACCUCCACCUCCCCCAACUUCAGAAGGUCCACAACCUCCUGCAACAGCACCAUCUGAGUAUUCUGGAUCAGGGCCAUCUACAGCUCCUCAACCACCACCGUCUGGUGCGGAAUAUUCAGGCCAGACUUCAGAGCCACCACCUCCUCCAACUUCGGAAGGACCUCGACCUCCCUCAACUUCUGGGUACUCUGGAACAGAAACAUCUGCUGCACCUCAAUCUAAACCUAUAGAAUAUUCAGGGGCAUCUUCUGAACCCCCACCUCCCCCAACUUCUGAAGGACCACAACCUCCAGCAACAGCUCCAACAUCAGCUGUAUACUCUGGAUCUGAGACAUCUGCAGCCCCUCCACCUCCACCUACAAAUGCUGAAUAUUCCGGAGUUUCUUCAGAAGCAUCUCAAGCUACAUCAACUUCUCCAGAAGAUAAUUAUCCUACUUCAGUAGCGCCAUCAAAUCCAGAAUAUUCUGGAUCUUCACAACAACCUUCCACAGCUUAUGGGGGAUCAGAAUCUACUUCCCCUGCGCAGCCCUCACCCACAAACUCUCCAGGUUAUCCAGAUCAAACCGGUGCCCCAUCCGCUGAACCAUCAACACCAUCUACUGAAACACCGUCAGUAGAAACAGCGUAUAGUCCAGCUACGGAUACAUCUGCCGAUCUUCCCGCAAUAAAUCCCCCUUCCGCACCAUUCCAACCAAUUGAUUUAUCUCCACCAAACACUUACCCGAAAUCCGAUGCACCUGGCACAGAUACCGAAACAUCAAUCCCAUCCUUAGUUCAAACUAAUCCAUCAACAACCUCAGUUUAUAACACAAAUCCUGAUAUGAUAGAAGUUUCACCAUCUUCCUAUGUUCCAGCUGCACCGUCAACUAUUGCACCAACUGCACCAAGUAAGAUACUUACAAUACUAAACAUUUCAGUUUGAUUAAUUUAGAUGGAUCAGAGGAAUCACCUUACGAAUCGCCAAGUCCUGCGCCAACAUUAGCUCCAGUUCAACCGCCAGUUCCUGCGAAACCAGUUGAGCACACUUAUGCAAUUCCAUCGCCAGCUCAACCAGUUGCACCGCCUCCAGCACCUACAAGUGCCCCAGGUCCGAUCGAACAUAAAUACGAGAUCCCAACAACUGUACCAUUCUCUUUGCCACCAACAUAUACAGGUAAUUUUGAAAGUUAGGACCAUAAGUUUUAGAAAAAGAAAAAAAAAGAAAAAUAAUAAUUUCCCCCAACAAAAAACACAAAAGAUUAGAGAAAAACUGCAGAACUUAUUAAUAAAUUUGAAAAAAACAAAUCGCUUGGAAAAAAUAGAAAAAAGUAAAAAAAAAAAUGGUUAUGAAGGGUAGAAUAGAACGCAACGUUAGAUAGAGAGAAAUAGCGAGAGAAAGAGGAGAAAAAUUAUUUUUGAUCUACCAAAAUUUUUUGGAAAAAAUUUGAGGUCUAGCGAUUUGAAAUUACAAACUGUGUGUUUUUGUGAAAAUAUUUAUUGAUCGGGUCAAAAAAUGUAUUAUUUUUGAGAUCAAAAAUAUUUUUUUUUUGUAAAUAAACCACCAACUAACAAAAAAUCAUUAAUAUUUUCAGUUGCUCCACCAAAUCCAUCUCAAAAUAUCGCAACUCCAGACGACGGCGGUAGUGACUACGGGAAUAUUGAAGAGGAUAAUCAACCAUCUGGCCCAGCUCCAUCUAGCUAUGGAAAUCUUGAAGAAGAUCACGACAUUAAACCAGCUCCAGGACCAGUCGCACCUCCAGUCCAACCAGCUCCACUUCCUUCAUCUGGUGGAUCUUCCUACAGGUAGGUCAUUUAGAUUCAGGCACUUCAAGAUCAGCAAAACUAUUUCACAUAUUCCCAAUUAAAAUUAAAAUUCCUGUUCAGCGAACUUGAGACCGAUCAUGAGGAAGAAACUCAUGACGAGGAUACAGAGGAUAUCGGGUAAUUCCAUUAUAAUAACAAUUUUCUGUGGUGUUUUUGGACUUUUUUUCUGUGGUGGUGUGGAUCUUACUUAACUUUUUCAUAUUUUCACAAAUCUAAACCCCUGUUUCAGUUUUUGGAUAACAAACAUUUUUAAUUUCUGAAAAAAAAACUGUUAUGUUUUCAGUAUUCCUCAAGUGGUAACACCACGUUUGCCAGCACCACAGCAAAUUGGUGGAAAUACCUAUCGAGGUGGAAGCAAUCGAAUCGAAAGCACAGCUCAACGUCCACAGCCACAGCCGCAACCUCGACCACAACCAGUUCGAAUUCAAGUUGCCCCGGCCACUGCACCAUAUCGACCUCCGCCUACUCGCCCGCCUCCAUAUUAUCCACCACAGCGACCCCAGCCUCAACAAUAUCAAUAUCCACCUCGUUUCCAACCUUCAUUCCCACAACAACAACAAUAUGGUUUAUCAAGACCUGGAUGUUGUGGUGGACAAUUCUUCAAUCAGCAACAAGGUGGACUUUGUAUGCCAGUCAACUUUAAUCCUUGCGGAGCUCCUCCACCAAGACCAUCUUGUGGCGGAGGCUGCGGAGGCGGAUGUCAGCCACAACCGCAGCAACAAUGUUGCCCUCCCCCUCAACCACAAACUUCAGCGUGUUGCAAUCAACAAUCUUCAGCCUGCUGCCAACCGCAGCAAAUGCCAUGUUGUAAUCAACAAGUUCAAACGUGUUGCCCUCCACCUCCACCACCUCAAAAUUGUUGUUGUCCUCAGCCAAGAUCAAUUUGUAGGAGUAAAAGGUACCGUAAUCAUUCCCACAUUUACAUAUCAAUUUGAAACUUUUCAGAUCUGUCGGGUAUGCGCUUGGAAUUUGUCGACGUCGCUCGUGA